AUGAAGCAAACUCCAUCACCAUCUUCGUCAUCGUCUCAUUCUACUCCUCUUUCAACCAUGGAAGCUCAAAACUUUACUAUUACUUCUCUACAUCCCAACUUGCAAGCCCCUUUGACAUUAUCAUGUCUACAACCAAGCAAGUUAGAAAGUCUCAAUCAACCCAUUGAAGAAUCAAGUUCAAUGACCAAAUCAAUAAUUGGUUUCCCAGAUUCAAUGAGAACAUCACAAUUGCCUGACAUUUUAGAGCACCCAACAAGUCCAGCUCAUGAGGCCUUUGGCAAUAGUGACAAUAGUUCACUUGUAAAUGAUUGUUACUAUGUGGAUAUUGGUAACUAUGAAGUGGAGGACUUCAACUUGCUUUCUCCCAUGUCGGUAGAGGGGCCUCGUGACCUUUUGUUCUCGGAUGGACAGAUGGCGGGAAGCAAUUGGAUCGGUGAUGACAUGGCCGGUACCUUAUGGAACAACAUGGAUGAGUUGUGGCAAUUUAGGAAGCCGGAAGAGUUGGGCAUCUAG